AUGGCAGUGUCUCUUGAUGGGAACAGGAAAAUGUACAGGUUUAAUCGCAACGGGACUACAGAUGUACCGUGGAGAAGUGUUUGCAUACCCUCUUUUUAUCUUCAAAAAGAGCUUGGCAAGACACAAAAGAUUGAGUUUGUCUGCACUGAUGUAAUGUGCAAAUAUUACCCAUACUUAAAAAGAGUGUGUGAGGCCUUUCCUGAUCUAGAGUAUCUUUUGCAAAUGCAACCAUUCUUAUCAGUUAUGCAUGCAAAAGGUCAUUCAACCAAAUGUGAGGUGGAGUGGGGUGGCCGCAACCAAGAGGGAGCUGGUUUGACUGUUGGAGAGGAAGUGGAAGCAGUUAAUUUAUUUAUGUUUCGUGCUGCAUUGACAACAAAAUAUAUGACCAAAUCUGCACGCACAGAUAUGAUCACUAUCCAUGUUCGUGGAUGGAACCUAAGGAAAAAGUUAAAUCUUCACAAUUAUCUUGCUCAAAGAUAUGUUAAGACAUUACAGAGAACAGCUGAGGUGGCAGGAGAGAUUGAGAUGACCAAAUCCCACCUGAACAAAACAAGUGAAGAUCUUCAGCAGUGGGUCACAGAUGUUCAAUUGUGGGCAGCAUCAAACAGCAACAAAGACAGGCGACGCAAGCGAUCUGCCAUUGCUAAAGAGAAGAGCAAACUAGAAGAGGCCAUAACAUCAUACAAUGCUCUGGUCUCAAAUGCAGAGGCUGUGGAUCCAGCAGACACCCUUUUAGCACAAGACUUUUCAAUAUGGCCUUGGGAAACAGCUGAGCCUUGUGGACAGAAUAUGUAA